AUGGAGCUGAUGUUCAACACAGAGCAAAAAUCAUGUGUGGGGAGUCCAGAAUCCCUUCCCAGUGGAGGAGUGGGGAGUCCAGAAUCCCUUCCCAGUGGAGCAGUGGAGCUUCGGGUUCUCAGGUCAGCUAGGUCAUAUGAUGUUGAAGACACGGAUGAGUACUACUGCGAGUACGACUCGACAUGGGAGGAUCCUCCAAACAAAGAAACCAGUCGUCAAAAGUCCCAACAUGAGUGGGUACACCAGUACACCGGUUGGUCGCAACAAUCACACAGGUUUAACAGAUUCAAAAGUGCAGCAAAGGAUAUGCAAAAGUACAGGCAUGAUUAUCCAGAGCAUAGAUCAAACUUGUACUUCGGCGGGCAACAACAAGAUGAUAUGCCUAAUUUACAGUUCUACCGUGAACAAAUACCCUCCUCCCCUGAUGGUGUCUUCAUUGAGGACUAUCACAAUAAUUGGAAAUGGCAAUAUUUAAAACUGGAAAGAGUUCACUCAUACAUCCAAUGGUUGUUCCCUCUUCAAGAACCAGGAAUGAAUAAUCAAGCCAAGGAACUCACCAAAAAGGAAAUUGAGGCUUUCCUUCAAGAUGAAACUGCGAAGAAGAGGCUGGUCAAGUCCUACAAACUCAUGCUGGACUUCUACGGCAUCCAGCUGUCAAAUGACACAACAGGGGAAGUGCGACGGGCAAAUAACUGGCAUAAGAGAUUUGACAACCUGGACAGACAUACACACAACAACCUGCGCAUCACCCGCAUCCUGAAGUGCCUGGGCACUCUGGGGUUCCCCCACUACCAGGCCCCACUCGUCCGCUUCUUCCUGGAGGAAACUCUUGUCAAAGGCAACCUGUACAAUGUGAAGGAGAGCGUGCUCAACUACUUCAUCUUUGCUGUCAUUGAUAAGCAAGAGCGCAGGGAUCUAGUUGAGUAUGCCUACAAGCACUAUGAGCCCAAAUAUGAGUUUGUGUGGUGCCCCAAGAAGAUCCAGAUGACUUUCUCAAAUGGAGAAGAAUUCUCAGAUAAUAGGCAAACAAUGGCAGGCCAUUACCAGCAUGGUAACUACUGA